UAUAUAUAGGGGGAACAAACAACAUCUUCCAUUUUUCUUCCACCACCCUGAUUUUUCUUCCACCUCUCUCUCCCCCUGAAAACCCUAAUUACAGCUCUGCCGUUUAUCUCUCUCCUUUGUCUCAAGGAGACGGACAAAUUUUUAGCAAUAAGAUCAGGAAAAUUUUGAGGGUUGGAUAAGGGCAAGAUGGUGUGGUCAUUUCCCCUCUGUGGAGAGUAAUUAUCAUUGCAGUGUAAAAGGGGUAUACUGGAAGCGUACUGAUGGAGGCAAACAUCUGUGAUGUCAAUCAUUUGGACGCUGACGUCCUUCUACCUCCACGAAAGCGUCUGCUUGCUGGAUUGAAGAAACAGAGUCCGGAGGGUGAUAGUGCUGCAUGGCUGUCUCUAGUUGCUACUUCAGUUGCAGCUGCAGAUUCAGCAUCAGCUUCGGCUUCUGCAUCUUCUUCUUCUUCGCAUUCUUCAAGUGAAUUUAACACUCGCCUCAACAGUAUAUUGAGUUCUCAUACUAAUCUUUCGCCCGAGGAGCUGGUAGAGGUCUCGAAUUCGGCUGCUGCUGCUGCAGCAAAGGCUGCAGAGGUUGCGAGAACUGCAGCUGAGGAAAAAGCUGCAAUAGCUGCAAAGGCAGUGGCUGCAGCGAAGAGUGCUUUAGAUUUGGUUGCCUCUUUUUCCGAAGAGGCAGCAGGCAAGGAAAAACACCUGAAAAAGAACAAGCUGAAGAAGCAUGUUCCAGUUCAGCUCUUGUACAAAAAAUACCAACCAAUUGAAAAUUGUAAGAAGGACGAAGAGUUGGCCCGGAAAUUGCACAGAGCUAUAAAUAGCUCUCCGAGAAUUACGAAGAAUUCAUCAAGUGCUGAUGGCAAGGGUCAUAAACACAAGAAGCCUAAAAUUUCACAUGGUUCCGAGAAAGUUAGGGUUCCCAAUGGGGUAAUUGUAUUGGAACAAGGCCCAGCGUCUACUUGCAAUGGACAUUCUGUAGCAGAUAAGGUCAACGUUGAAGGCACCAUCCAAGACAUGUACGAAAAUGGUGGACCUGAUAGAGCAGGUCGAAUGGAGAUGGAUAAUGGAGAAGCAGAAUCAAGUCGUACGGAGAAAAAUUGGGAUGCUGCGAGUACCACCGGUAAAAAGAGGGGAAGAGUGAAGCUAAAAAAGUUGCCGUUGAGCAAUUGCACCUUCAGGGAUCAAGCAAAUCUGAAAGAAGAUACGGAUGCACGAGGCUCCCCAUUGAUUGACAUGAACAUGGGUAACCCUACUGCCGCAAAGAAGCCUUUGUUCCCUGUGGAGUCUUCUGCCGAUAGUAUGCUGCCAAUUGAAGCCACACCGGUGUGGAAAUGCAAGGAUUUUAAGGCUCCGGCGUGCAUGAAUCAAAACAAAGUCAUGCAAUCUUGAUGUCGAAACGAUAUUGUUGUGGUGAGCUAUGAGUUAGGAUUGGAUAGCUGAGGUAGGAUUCACGAUUUCACGUCUUAUAGAAAACGGCCUUAUUUCAUUACCCUUUUUUCUUCCGCUCCGUCUGGGUUUGUAAUGAACUUGAAACUGACUACUUGUAAAUUUAGAUGUUACAUUACUUGCAUCCGUCGUGGUUUACCCGCUCGUCCGAAUCGCCUGUUGCUCGGGAAGCUGAGAUAACAGGGAUGCAAUUAGAAUGUCUAGUGUUUUGUUGAUAUGUUGCACAAUAAUUACUGCUGGUGUGCUCAUAGAUGUAAACAACUCUCAUUGUCUUCGGUAAUUAUAUUCAUUUGAAAUUUUUACUGUCUGA